AGGAGCUCCGUAAAAAAAAAACAUGCCCGCAGAAACAACCAUCUCAACACCCCUCCCCGCCGGCGUGCAGCCCAGCGUCCUCGUCGCACUGCUGCACGACCACGAGAUCUACAUCCGAAUCACCUGUCCACAACUCAUAAGCUACACCCGAAUCUCACCACCUUCCUCUUCUUCCUCUUCUUCUUCUUCCUGUUCUCCCCCCUCCUCCUCCUCCUCCGACUCCUCCUCCGACUCCUCCAACAACCCCAACGUCGACGAGCCCCACACCUUCCAAGUCACGGACCGCCGACCCACCGGGCAGACCACCUACCGGCUGACGCUGACCAACCGGGCCGAAGGCAUCGACUCCGCGGUCGACGGCAAGGUGCCGACGGGGUCCAUAGCCAUCCGCUCGCGGUGGCGCGUGGGCGGGCGCGGGCGCAGCGGCGACGACGACGACGCGGGCCUGCUGCUGCUCGAGGAGUACGUCGACGUCGAGAGUAACAUGAUCACCAAGAAGAUGGUCAAGAGUAACAUCAAGCGGAGCCAUCCGGCGUACCAUCGGAGUUUUCUCGCCGAGGCGGCGGCUAGGGCGUCAUGAUUUGAUAUUUCCAUUUUACUA